UACAGCAAGCUGAAAGAAGCCAGACAGCACAGCACGACCGCGCUGAUCCGGCAUUGGAACGUACGUCAAAAUGGCGUCUCUCAAGCGUGUAUCCACAUUUUCCAUCGACAGAGGACAGCUCAUAGAUUUGGUACGCGAACGACCAGCGAUAUGGGACAAAAAUUCACCACUAUACAAAAUAAAAUCGGCAAGAAACGAAGCGUGGCGAGAAAUUUGCAGCAUCUUGAACGAUGAUUACGAUGAAAAACUCAAUCACUCGGACAAAGUCGAGUAUUACAUGGCUGUUGUCCGAGCAUGGACAGUUACAAGAGACGGCUGGGUGCGAAGCUUGAAAAAAGGGCAACCCAGCUACCGUCCAUAUUGUUUCCACAACAAAUUGCUGUUCCUACAAGAUGUCAUUAACCCACAAUUUAAUACUUCAACUGAGUAUUUAAAUGACACAAAGUAUGAAAAUGUUGAGUAUCUAUAUCCAGACAGUGAUGACGACACGAAAAGCGAUGAUUCCGAUGAAGUUGAGGAAAAACCAGAUAUCAGUAAAUUGUUUGAUAAGAGACAAAAACCAAAGAGAAGGAUAAGCACAGACGCUCUGUCGGACAGCAAUGAUGGAUACCAAGAUAAAAAAGGAUUGAAACGGAAAAGAUUUAAAUCACUGAAUGAAUACAAUCAAAAUAGGAAUGACGAGGUACUUGUGCCCUUGUCAGAUUUUGAAGACAGACAUCUAUGUUUUUUUAAGAGUAUCCAGCCUACUUUAGCGACCCUGGAUGAAGGAGAAGUGUUGGAAUUCCAAUCAGGAGUCAUCAGCUUAUUGCAGAGCAUUAGAAGUAGACAUUCUAAUGAAUAAUAAAAUUAUUUAAACACAUAA